UGCUCUUGUCUGGCGGCGGCAGCAUGGCGGCGGGGGCGGCUGAGGCAGCGGCCGCGGUGGUGGAGGUCGGCUCAGCUGGGCAGUUUGAGGAACUGCUGCGCCUCGGAGCCAAGUCCCUUCUUGUGGUCCAUUUCUGGGCACCAUGGGCUCCUCAGUGCGUGCAGAUGAACGGCGUGAUGGCCGAGCUCGCCAAAGAGCACCCACAAGCUUCAUUUGUGAAGUUGGAAGCGGAAGCUGUUCCUGAAGUAUCUGAGAAAUAUGAAAUUAGUUCUGUUCCCACCUUUCUGUUUUUCAAGAAUUCUCAGAAAAUCGACCGAUUAGAUGGUGCCCAUGCCCCAGAGUUGACCAAAAAGGUUCAGCGACACGCGUCUAGCGGCUCCUUCUCGCCCAGUGGUAGUGAGCACCCGAAGGAGGACCUCAGCCUGCGCCUGAAGAAGUUAACCCACGCCGCCCCCUGCAUGCUGUUCAUGAAGGGGACGCCUCAGGAGCCGCGCUGCGGUUUCAGCAAGCAGAUGGUGGAAAUUCUUAACAAACAUAAUAUUCAGUUUAGCAGUUUCGACAUCUUCUCAGAUGAAGAAGUUCGUCAGGGCCUCAAAACCUAUUCCAAUUGGCCCACCUAUCCCCAGCUCUAUGUUUCUGGAGAGCUCAUAGGAGGACUUGAUAUAAUCAAGGAGCUAGAAGCAUCUAAAGAACUAGAUACGAUUUGCCCCAAAGCCCCCAAGUUAGAGGAAAGGCUCAAAGUACUGACAAAUAAAGCUUCUGUGAUGCUCUUUAUGAAAGGAAACAAACAGGAAGCUAAGUGUGGCUUCAGCAGACAGAUUUUGGAAAUACUAAAUAGUACUGGGAUUGAAUAUGAGACAUUUGAUAUAUUGGAGGAUGAAGAAGUUCGGCAAGGAUUAAAAGCUUACUCCAAUUGGCCGACGUACCCUCAGCUGUAUGUGAAGGGGGAGCUUGUCGGAGGACUGGACAUCGUUAAGGAAUUGAAAGAAAAUGGGGAGUUGCUGCCUAUACUGAAAGGAGAAAAUUAGUGAAUGGUAGACUUGGUGCCCACCCACUGCAGGAAGGCUUCCUUCAGCGGAGCAGUUCGUGGUUUAGUCCUCAGAAACGGACCAGGAGGAGAAAAUGCUCAUCCUCAGUUACGCUUUGUAUAUUUCACAAGGCUGUGCUAAAUAACGUAUGUGACCUUUUUUCCACCAAAAUUAGAACACAAUAAACAUCUUCAAGUUCAAUUAAAAAUAAAAAAUUAAAAU